AUGUCAGAAAAACCGCGACAAAAGAAGUUCACUCGGCGGUCUCGCACCGGCUGCCGAACUUGUAGAGCUCGCCAUGUGAAAUGCGACGAGACGCCAAUUGAAUGCAAGAAUUGCACAUCUGCUGGCUGGAAGUGCGAUGGCUAUGAUGCAAAUCGUUCCAAACGCAUAGCUCACAACAAAGACCGCCAAGUUUGUGUCAAGAUACUAUCACCGUAUUCGCACAUCGUCUCAAAGGCUCAGCCGGGAAAGAACCCGGACGAGUGGAGGGCGUUUGCCUUCUUCCAAGCGUCUACUGUACCGAAGAUGGCCGGCUUCUUUGACUCCUCUCUCUGGAACAAACUCGUCCUUCCCAUGUGCCACGCUGAGCCAGCGGUGAGCCAUGCGGUAAUAGCAUUGAGCACACUGCAUGAAGAUUUGGAAAUACAUGGCACACCACUUCCGCGAGAGGACCUGGGAAAUGAUCGCCACCGCUUUGCCAUGGAGCAGUAUGGACGUGCCUUGUCCGCCUUGAAUAGGCGCCGAUACGUUUAUGAUUCAAAGAUGCGAGAUGUUGUUUUGACGUGCUGUCUUUUAUUUGUUGUCUUUGAGUUACUUCGCGGUCGAUACGACCCGGCUCUAUUGCAUCUCGAGAAGGGCCUCUCGAUCAUACGACACCACGGCUGGAACGAUGGUGACGAUCAAGAUGCCGAAGAGUCUCUUACCGAAGCCAUGUCGCGUUUAGAUGUUCAAGCAGUGUUUUUCGGCGUAAGAGAUAAUUAUUUUGAUCCAAGUUCUAUCAACGACACGGUUAUCGAAGACAGUCCUCACGGGUUUCGCAAUCUUGCCGAGGCACGGAGAGAAUCUGAUCGUGUCUCUGAUCGCGUCUUUCGGUUCGUUCGCUACGUCAAAGCACUGUCAUCGGAAGGGUCGUCCAUGGAAAAUAUUAUUGAACACCUCGACGAACACCAAAUAGAAUUAAAGGCCGAACUUGAAAAGUAUUCGGAGCGUUUGAAUAAAUCCCAAAAAUUGUUGUUACAACCAGGUGGGCCUCGAGAAAAGCGGGCCUUUGAUUUGAUAUCUCUGCACCAUAUGUCUUCGUCGGUGGUGCUGGAUACGUACCUGGACGACGAAGACAUCUUGAAUAGCGAUGCGCAUCUCGACGCAUGUGAAGAUCUCGUCGCUUUAUCUGAAAAAAUAAUCAACAGUGUCAGGGCUGAAUCCGGCUCUGAUUGGAAAUCCCUCCCGUCUUUAUCCUUGGACACAGGGAUUAUUCCGUCGCUAUUAUAUGUCUGCACCAAGUGCCCGCAUGCUCCCAUGCGUCAACGAGCUCUAAAUCUUCUUGAUUCGUGGCCACACCGAGAAGGACUCUGGGAUUCCAACCUGGUGGCUAUUCUGGCGCGGCAAUUGAUUGCUAUCGAGACCGAGGCAGAGGCGGAGAGGCUGUCUGCAGAAGGCAUGGUGUCUACUCCGGUCAACGUAGCCUAUAUUUCGACUGUCUCACGUGUGCAAGAUGCAUUUUUGCGUGUCGCCGAAGAUCAAACGCAUGCUGUUAUUACUUAUACGACAAAAGAGACAGAGAACGAGGGGACAAAAAAAGCCAGACUGGUUAUCCUCGAUGAUUACGCCUAG